UCCAGUCAAUCAAGCUUGUUUGUAAAAUUGUUGUGUAGUCUUCGAUUCUUACCCUUUCAUUUGUAUAUUAUUAAAACGUAUUUCAAGUACAGGAUUAGAUUUGUUUCUGGAAUUUAGAUCAAUGGUGGGAUUUAUGGCUGCGGGAUUUGCCGCUUCAUAUUAGGUUUGUCUUUCCAAAUGUAAACGACAUAGUAUGUGAAUCCUGAUUCUAAAGAAGAUUUUAUGAUUAAUAUCGAACCUGAAAAGAAAAAUUAAAUUUAGUAUCCUCCCUUAAGUAACUUAUCUCAAUCAUCACACUAUGUCGACCAAAAGAGGUGCAGAUGGUGAUAGUGGAAGUAAUGAUGAGCCUCCUCUCAAGAAGGUCCAGUUUGAGCCAAUACGCAUUGGUCCCAUAUCAACGCUCGAAGAGAUGGACAUUAAAGUGCUUCAGUUCCAGAAUAAGAAACUUGCUCAGAGGUUGGAGCAGCGCAACAGGUUAGAGGCCGAGCUGCGACAGAGGAUAGAACAGCUGGAGAAGCGGCAGACUCAGGAUGAUGCUGUGCUCAAUGUAGUCAACCGGUACUGGAACCAGCUGAACGAGGAUAUCAGAGUCCUUCUGCAGCGGUUCGAUGCAGAAACAGCUGACGAGUCUGAGAAUAAGAAUGAAAGUGAGGCUACAACAUCAUUUCUUAUGCAACUGUCUACAUGGGACAAGGAGGAGUUGGAUGAGAAACUGGCCAACAGAGUCCAAGUAUCCAAGAGGGCUGUAGCCAAAGUCAUCCAAGCCUUUGACCGUCUCAUGCAGAGAAAUGAGAAGAUCACACUCGCUCUCAAGGGAGAGUUGGAUGGUGAUGAAGCCCCAAAUGUGGACGAAGUGAUCAGGCAGGCCAACAUCGAGACCCAAGCGGAGAAUCGCAACUUGCUUGCCCUGAACACUUCUCUGCACAAGAAGUAUCACACCAUUUCAUUAAAAAUGGCAGAGCUCCAAGAGCGAGUGACAUGCAAGGAGACUGAGGCAGCAGAGCUUCUGAACCGUGUCGACGAUCUGCAGUAUGAGUUGGCUAAGGUGACGAGUCGCAACGACAAGUUAGAGAACCACCUGGCCGAGGCCAUAGAGAAAGUCAAGACCUACCAGCAAAUACACGGCGAUGAGAAAGGUGUGGUCAAGCCGGUUGUCACCACCACAGUGUCGCAGAAGAAGAUGGAAGAGCUGCAGAAGGAGAUAGAGGAGGUGAGGGAGUUGGCCAACAACCGGCUGCAGGAACUCGACAAACUCCACACUCAGCAUCGGGAAGCUCUCAAGGAGGUGGAGAAACUCAAGAUGGAUAUCCGCCAACUACCUGAGAGUGUGAUUGUGGAAACUACAGAGUACAAGUGUCUACAAUCACAGUUCUCUGUCCUGUACAAUGAGUCCAUGCAGCUCAAGACCCAGCUGGACGAGGCCAGGCUGCAGCUGCAGUCUUCCAAGAAUGCACAUCUACGUCAGAUUGAGAUGAUGGAGAGUGAAGAACUGAUGGCGCAGAAGAAACUACGGACGGAAGUGAUUCAGCUGGAAGAUCUCUUGGCUCAGUUGCGCAAGGAGUACGAAAUGUUGCGGAUAGAGUUUGAGCAGAACCUAGCAGCCAACGAGCAGACUGGACCUAUCAACCGAGAGAUGAGACACCUGAUAACAUCAUUACAGAAUCACAACCAACAGUUAAAGGGAGAGGUCCAUCGGUACAAACGCAAGUACAAGGACGCCAACUCUGAGAUUCCUAAGCUGAAGAAGGAGCUGGAGGAGCUGAACAACCGGCUGAGCCAGCAAGGAGGGGUGGAGGUGAAGGAGUGCUCCAGCUUGGAGUGCAAGGAGGAGGAGUCCAACCAGUCCGCUAGCAUGCCACUGGACAAGGUCAAGGAGGAGCCGAGCAGCAACAUCAAGAAAGAGCCUCAGGAUGAGGAGCCAGAGGCUGAAGAUCCGGCCAACGCAGAAGCAGACAAAGACAAACAGCUGACCUCACCAACAAUAAAGAAGGAGAAAGAGGGAGCAGCAGGAACUCCUGGAGCUGCUGCCGGGACUCCUGGAGGCAAACGGGAGAUAAAGAAGGAGCAACAUAGGGAGCAGCACCGGGCUAAGGUCCCUGAUUCAGAGAUGGUUCGAGAUCUCAAGGCUCAGCUCAAGAAGGCAUUGAACGACCAGAAGGAGAUGAAACUCCUGUUGGACAUGUACAAGGGUGCCAGUAAGGAGCAGAGAGACAAAGUACAGUUGAUGGCCUCUGAGAAGAAAAUAAGAGCAGAACUUGAAGACACAAGGCAGCAGCUCAAGAAAUUGCAGGAAAGCAAGCGAGAGGAGAGGAAGAAACUUGCUGAUGAGGAUGCAAUGAGGAAGAUAAAACAUCUAGAAGAGCAGACAUACCAACUACAAAAGCAGGUUGCCACACAUAAACAAGGAGUGUGCUGGCAGGAAGAAGAAGCUCUGUUGAACGAGAUGGAAGUGACGGGCCAAGCAUUCGAGGACAUGCAGGAGCAAAACUCCAGGCUCAUACAGCAGCUGAGGGAAAAGGAUGAUGCCAACUUCAAACUGAUGACUGAAAGGAUUAAGUCCAACCAACUGCACAAACUGGCUCGGGAAGAGAAGGAUGUACUUAAAGAGCAGGUGACUACUCUGACAAUGCAAGUAGAAGCGACCAAUGUGGUAGUACGGAAACUGGAGGAGAAGGAGAGGAUACUGCAGAACUCACUAGCCACUGCGGAGAAGGAGCUGGCUCUCAGGCAACAGGCCAUGGAGAUGCACAAGAGGAAAGCAAUAGAAUCCGCCCAGUCUGCGGCAGAUUUAAAAUUGCACUUAGAAAAGUACCAUGCUCAGAUGAAGGAGGCUCAGCAGGUGGUGGCGGAAAAGACAAGUUCGUUGGAGGCGGAAGCAUACAAAACAAAACGACUGCAGGAGGAGAUAGUGCAGCUUCGGAGGCGGACGGAGCGCAUGAAAAAGAUUGAGUUGGCUGGAACUCUGGACGAGGUGAUGAUGGAGGAGAUCCGAGAAUACAAAGAAACAUUAACGUGUCCGUCGUGCAAAGUCAAACGGAAGGACGCUGUUCUCAGCAAGUGUUUCCACGUGUUUUGUUACGACUGUUUACGGACUCGGUACGAGACUAGACAACGUAAGUGUCCCAAGUGUAACGCUGCGUUUGGGGGCGAACGAUUAUCAUAGGUUAUAUCUGGCCUCAUAAACAAGUAGGUCACCCACUUCUUUUCCUGCAAUCAGAAAAGUAUUUGGUAAAUGCUGUAGAAGAAAUCGCAUCUAUUCGCUUAACCAGCCCGCUGGGUUAUAGUUGAUCUGGGCACAAAUUCAUUGUAAUUUCUAUCUAAGAUGAAGUAUGUGUUAUACUAGGUCACCUAUACAUGGUACAUAAUAACUGUCGUCAGUCAUAGAGGGUUUACGCAGGUAUUGUUUCAUCUCUUUUCCUGCUUUAGUUCCUAGCCAACUGAACAAAGGCUAUUGUGUCAAAUGUAUAGUUCACAAUAAGGAGAAAGUUACGAUUUGCUGUUUCAAUUAUAAGAGAUUCAAUGCAUUUUCUGUUGGGUAUCUUUUUGUUGGAUCGAUAAAUGGUUUAGUUUUUUAAUUUUAUAAUCUAGAAAGAUAACAUGUUACCUUCUCUUUUCACAACAUGAUUAUUAUAAUCGUUUUAAAACUCCUUUUCAUUGGAAAUAAGUCAGUGGAUUAUAGAUGUAUACUUAAUGUAAUAAAUUAAAACAUAUUAUUAAAUAUUAUGACUAAAUGUUCUCUUUACAACACAGCAAUGAGUGUUGUACUACUGUAAUUUUCUAAGAAAUAUUAAAGUUUUUAUGUCACUACUGCAUUGUUUUAUAUGUUAACAACUUUUAAUAUAAUAUUUUGUUGUGAUCUUAAUGCAUGCUUAGUCGAAACUGUUUUUGGAGUCUUAACGAAAUGCUGCACAGUACUAAUGCAGAACAGUUGUUAGAAACUAUUUGCUCUUUUUUCUGUAGUUUGUAAAACUAUUGGUUGUAAAUGAGUAAUAAAUAGAACCUGGAUUUUUCUAAUAGGUCAUGAUAUCAGUGAAUAAUAAACUGUGAAUCUUCAUAAAUUGUGUCACUUUAACAUGACGUAACAAACGUUGCAAAUUAGCAACGGAUGAUUUCAUUUUAACUCUCGAAAAGUGAAAUUUUAUCUACUACUAUUGUGUGUCUCAUAGUAAGCAUCUCACAUGUGGUUAAACAUAUCAUAAUACAAUUAGAACACAGCUACAAAAAUGUGUUAUGAGUCUUGUUUAACGAGUGCAGGUAUCAUGAUGUACGUUUAAAAGUCUGUUACUAAUAACUGUUGCUACCUAGUUGCAACGAUACUUUUCUAUGUUUGAUAAAAAUAAAAGUAGAAAUGGGAGAAUUCGAGAAAAGUGUUCUUAAAAUCGAGAUUGUAAUAGUAAAUAUUUGUUUAUUAUGUAUAAUAGUAUGUACUUUAUUAUUAUUCUGAGGUUAAAACUUCGCAGGGUCUAAAACCAAGUUUGAAAUAUCAGUACGUUGCUUAAGCAAAAAUAAAUAAGCUUAUUUAGUAUGGUUUAUUAUUUGCUUUGAGUAUAACAUAAGACUGAACAUUUUAAAUUUUUAAUCAUCUUAAAUUUUCAUAAAGCUAAUAUUUUAAUCACUUUUAAACGCAUAGAUCUGAAACAAUUGUUCGAAUGCGCAUAAAACUGUUAAUUCAUCUUAAGUGUACAGUAAUUUAUUUCUUAUAUUUAAUUCACUAAUACAUUAUUUGUAUACAUUACAUCAUAAUAUACUUCAUUAUUUAUUCUACCCUGUAACAUAACUAUUGUUAUUAAAAAUUAUAUCAAUAUAAAAAAUGCUCUGCAUUUUUUUUAUUUGAUAUUCAUGAUAAUUAAGUUGUCUUACAACAGAUUUUCACUUUUUUAUGUACAAAAUUGUUAAAUAUGUAUUAAUGUAUACACAGACAUGUUGGGGAUCAUUUUGUUAGUAACUUUUUUUUAAUUCAAAUAUUCUACUUAAAUUAAUUUUAGAUUUAGCUUUGUGUACUGCAGUACUGUCAGUUAUGUGUGAAUGAAUUAAUGGAAAGUACAUACUUAUUUUAUAGCUGUUUCACAACAAAUUUAGUCAGUAUGAUUUGACCAAUUGAAGUGUAAGUAAAUCUACUGGAAAGUGAAUUUAUUUAAUAGGUUGAUUACCUAGGUUGUGGCAGUGAAGUUGUAGAUGUAGAUGGUGAGGUAGUUAGAUGUCUGUAACGCGACCUUUCCCUAGUUGAUAAGUUAGUUUUCUUGUGUCUGCGUUGUUAUCCAUAUUACUUAUUUCAGGACUUGACUUUGAUUCUUCAGUUUCUUCGUUUGCCACUCUUCUGUGCGUACUAAAUGAGACGGUUGUUUGUUAAAUGUGUUUGUAGCGUCAGUAUACUGAUUAUUACCAAUAGAUGAGUUGUCUUUUACUUUAUCAAUGUACGAUUGAUUUUAUGUUUUGGUUUUAGGUAUUUUCUUGUUAGAUUGUCCAGUGAAGUUUGAUCUCAACAUACCAUUUAUAGCUUUGAUGUUCAUCUCUUCCAUGAGAUGAGGGUGAGACAUGUAUUAAACUGAUGUGGUUUUCCUAUCUGUACGGAAUUCUUCGUUUUGUAUUUGGAAAGUAAAACAAAUUGCCUCGUGAUUGUAUCCUCACCAAGCCAAAAUCAUUUUAGUUGUCAAUUUUUCUGAUAUAUUCACUCAGAGGUUUUUUUUUGUAGUGUAAACGUAUUGUUUUCAAAGGGAAUUUAAGAUGAUUUAUUUGUAUGCUAAAAAGAAAUUAAGGAUGCUGAAACCCCUAUGGCAUAGUUUGUUUAAGUCCAAAUUAUUGGGACACUGAUUUGUUCACUAACUGUUGUUACGACUUGAACUGAUGAGUAAAUAAAUUCUCCUAAAUUUCCUACACGAAUGCUGCCAUGGCAGUCAUCACAGAGUAGACUUAUGAUUGGACAUCCCAAGCAAACAAAUCAAAUAAUUGUCCUUUAUCUACUGAGAAAACAAUAAAAAUGAAGUCUUCCUCGUCAGAAACACUGUAAUACAGAUAGUAAAAUCACAUCAGUUAGGACUAAAGCCAUGAGAGAAAUGAAUAUUAAAGCUAUAAAUUGAGUGUUGAGGACAAACUUCACUUGGCACCGUACUUUUGAAUGGGUCCUGCCAGUAACAUUCCAAAUGCCAAAUAGAUAAUUUUUUAGGAGAGAGAAUAAUAUAAUAAGGAAAUACUUUAACAAAAAUUUUACAUAACCUUGUGUGAAAUAGUUAUGUAAGCCAUUCACCUAAUACAAGAUACAAUAUCCAUUAUAAAUGAACCCCUUGCGGCAAAAUGAACAUCGUGAAGGUCCUUCUGUUCAUUAUGGCGUUAUGAGAAUGUACUGAAGCAUCAAAACCAAUUCCUGUGUGGAAGUAAAGUAGAUAACAGUGCAAACACAAAAUAUUAACUUUUCUAAAGGUCACAUUACAGACUUUAAACUAUCACUAAUCAUCUGAAACAUAUACUUCUUCACUGGCACAAGUAUUUGACUUCAAAAGAACACCAUAGAUUACACUAGGAGAAAGAUGGCUACAUUCAAGACCAUGAACAAAUGUUUUGGAGUGUUGUUUAUUUAUUUGACGGAUAACACUUUUUACGAACAAUUUACAACAUGAUGAUAAAUAACGCUAGAAUAGGCAAAACAUUUCAGAGGCAAUAACAGAGAUUUUACAAUUUCAAAUAACAGCAGUAUAUGGCCGGCCAAGCCAAAAGAGUAAAACUAAAAGAAAUAUAUGUAUAAUAUAAGUAUAACAAAAUUAUAUAUUAUAAAACAACCAAGUGUAAAAUAAAUUAUAGAACGACAACUAUAUGACAGGAAUAACAACUAAUAAAACUAAAUCAUAAGAAUAUAAUGAUUAACUAUAUGAUGGAUGAUACUAAUAAAAUCAGAUAACAUUUAAAUUUAUAUAUAGAGCCAAUUUAAAAAAAAUAUUUGUAUAGUCAUUUGUUAAAAGUAAUAUAUGUAUUAAAAGUAAAUAACAACCGAUUCUACUGAUAGUAGUAGAGUUAUUACUAUUGAUUAAGUAAUAGGGUGUUGACCCUAUUGGUUCUUUUGUUCAUUUAUUAUGUUCGUUAACUGUAACUAUUUAUUGAUUAUUGUCUAAACGUGUUUAUUAUGAUCCUGUAAUGUUCUUAUGUGAGUAGUUUUAGUAAAUAAUACUAACAGUAAUAUAUUUGUUUACUAAAUUUAGAGGCAUAUGGUAGUUUCGUUUUAGACCAAGUCAGAAAUAAAACCAUUACAAACAACAAACAAACUAAUUAUUGAUUUAUUUUAUAACUACUUUUUGCUUUGUUUCAUUGAUAUUCUUAAAAGACUGUCAAGUGUGUCAAAAGAGGGGAAUUUUCUUCCAUUAACGAUUAUAUGUCACUUUAUGUAUAUUUCCAGUUUCUUUACUCAACUCAUGAUUUAUAAAUUGGCAUUAAUGAAGGUCAUACCUUGUCCACAACUCGUCCAGCGCGACAUGGCUGGCAAGAAUAAGCUCUUUCAUCUUCUCUUUUCUCUCAAGCUUCAGUUCCUUUAGCUUUUCUUCAAGCUGUAAAUAUUAAAUUUGAGUUAUAAAAGAAAAUGUUACUUUAAUUUACUCAUUGUAAAAUUUGAUUGUAGAAUAUUUCUAUAGUAAAUGCAAAAUUGUCAAUGGUAAUAAAUUGCUACUAUCAAUAGAAUCGGUUGUUACAAAAGAAAUUAUUUCUAAACCGGUCCGAUUUGCAAAAUGUCCAUUAAUUUGUAACUUUAAACCUUUAAAACUUCUCAUUUAUUCAUUCACAUAUUGCCUUAUGGGAUUAGUGAGAAUAGUGUAACAGAGAUCUAUAAAACUUUCAUUGCAGGAAGCAUUUGAUUGUAAAAAAGUGUGUUAAACAGUGUAUUUGUAAGUUAUGUAUUAUAUAUGGUAAGAAAAUAAAAGUAACUCAUUAGGAAAUUGUUUUACAGAAUACAGUAAUAGAUUUAAGGAAUUACAUGUACUUGAGAAUAUGUAUAAACUUUAGAUUGGAGUUUCAUAUUUAAAAAAGUGUUUUAAAAAGUUUACAAACGAUACUGGAUAAGAAAUAUUAAAGAACUAUUUGUAAAUGAUGUAAACAUGAUUAAAAGAGCAUAAUAUUUUCUAAUGGAGCAAAAUCAGACUGACUAAAUGAACUUUUGACUUUGUUAUUUUAUUAAUUGUUAUUUUAAUUGAUUGAUGUAAAUCUUUAUUUACUAUUCUAUGUAUCUAUUUAUUGUACAUACAUGAAUAAAAAAGUUUGGAAUUACCUGGA